AUGGGAGGUAUAGAAACAUGGAGAACAGUUCCAGAUACCGGAGACAGUCGGCUCCGAGAGUGGCAGGCCCUGCUGUUCCUCCUCUUCCUGUCCGUCUACCUGCUCACUGUCACAGGGAACCUGGCCGUCAUCGCUGUGGUGCCGCGGGACCGGCGGCUGCACUCGCCCAUGUACUCGCUGCUCCAGCACCUCUCCUUCCUGGAGGUCGGGUACACGUCCACCAUCGUGCCCCUGCUGCUGGCCGGCCUGCUCUGGGGCCAGGCCAUCUCCUUCUCUGCCUGCAUCACACAGCUCUACUUCUUCGUCUUCCUCGGGGCCACCGAGUGCUUCCUCCUGGCCAUGAUGGCCUACGACCGCUUCCUGGCCAUCUGCCGCCUGCUCCACUACUCUGUCCUCAUGAGUCCUGAGACCGAGACCUGCACCCGGCUGGUCACGGUCUCCUGGACAGCAGGGCUGGGCACAGGCUUCCUGCCCUCCCUGAUGAUUUCUCAGCUGGACUUCUGUGGGCCCAACCAGAUCGACCACUUCUUCUGUGACCUCCCUCCCCUCAUGCAGCUCUCCUGCUCCAGCGUCUAUGCCACCGAGAUGGCUGUCUUCCUCCUGUCCGAUGCCGUGCUCUGCAUUUGUUUCUUUCUGACGUCCUAUGUUUUCAUCGUGUCCUCCAUAUUGGGCAUCCCCUCAGCUUCUGGGCGGAUGAAGACUUUUUCCACCUGUGGCUCCCAUCUGGCUGUUGUCACCAUCUACUAUGGGACCAUGAUCUCCAUGUAUGUGCGUCCCAAUGCCCACCUGUCCAACCCCGUUAUCUACAGCCUGAGGAACAAAGACUUCAAGGCGGCUGUUAGAAAAGUCACAGGAAGGAAGUGUGGCAUCUAUGGAGAAAGAGUGAAGGGAAGCUUCUUUAUCAGAUCUCACACAGGUUUUAAAAACUACAUUGUACCCAAGAAUGAUGUAGGCCUGAAGCAGGCCAGCUUGAGGGUAUGCACGAGAUUAACUGGAGACAUUACCUGUUUGGAUGUCAGGCCUGUCUACAGAUAUAGCCUCUUAGUUAUUCUGAGUACUCUGCCUGACGUGGGAAAGAGAUUUCCUCAUCUGCGAGAAUACCCACUGCCAGUGGUAAUUCGCAAAGACAGUCUGAAAAGUUACUUAACAGAAUUGCUCUCUCGGUGGGAGACGUUCACACACACAGGGAAGAAACUUGAAUUGAAAACACCAGGAGACUUACAAGAACAUGAUUAUCCUCUUCAUCUGCAAGUUUAUUAA